CCAGAAGAUGACUGGAAACCCCAGUGAGCAGACAUGACAGACUGUGGAGUGUUCUAUGGUGCUGCAGCUCAAACUGCUGGAGUUAAAGAAAUCCAUUUGAUAUCAAUGCGACAUUGACAAAGACGAAAACGAAGGGAAUUUUAUACAUACUUUUUAUACGUUUUAGUUAGUUUUGUAAACACACAAUACAGUUUCAGUUAGUUAUCGUUUUUUUCUUUUAAUUAGAGUUUUUAUUUAUUUCAGUUAACGAAAAUGUUUUUUCAAUUUUAGCUUUCGUCAUUUCGUUCGUUUUCGUUAACGAUAAUAACCUUGGCUCCUUGUGAGUUUUUCUUGCGGCUGAUUGGUCCUUAUGUUACAGACAGACUCAGUAUUAGUGAUAUGGUUGUAGAUGGAGUUAAUAAUUCUCCUGGGGUUCAUAUCUGAGAGCUAACAGAAGAAAGUGGUGCGCUCCUUGUCCUCCACAGUGAAGGUAGAGCCAUGCUGGUGCAGACUCUGCUCAUACUGGUGGGCUCCCAGUGUCUCUGGGCCAGAAAGUCCGAACCCUUCCUCGGAGAAGCUGACGCCGGUGUGUUCAGGGGAUCAGAUAAAUAUGACUUUGCCAUCGAGGUUCCUGCUGCAGGGAUGGAGUGUUUCUGGCAUUUCGCCCACCAGAGUGGAAGCUUCUACCUGACGUUCAUGGUCCAGUGGGUAACAGGGAUGGCCAACAAUCACAGGCUGUUUGUAACAGUGAAUUCACCAAACGGCGCCCUCAUCACUUUGAAGAACGAGGCAGUUGGACACAUGAACUUUCAAACUGAGGUGACAGGUUUUUACCGACUGUGCCUCAAUAACCAUGGAAACCAGUUUGGUGGCGUCAGAGUCUUUGUGAGCUUUGGUGUCAUCUAUGAAGGGACUGUGGCGUCAGAUGGAGUGAUGGAGAAGGAGGAGGAGGAGGAGAGGAAAGUCCUCAACAACACUUUGGCCAGCAUUGAGGAAAGCAUACAGAAGCUUCAGAAUCGGAUCUUCCACAUGUGGCGGCACUACAACUUCGCCCGCAUGAGGAAGGGGAAGGACCACUACCUCCUGGAGUCCAACCUCAACUACGUGGACUGGUGGUCGGCGACUCAGAGCGUCGUCAUCGUCCUGUCUGGAUACCUGCAGCUCCUGGUCCUCAAAAGACUCUUCUACACAGACUCCAGCAGACCACGAUGCUGAAAGACAUCUGCUAAAAAUAGAAUAGGUUUGAGUUCUGCAGAGGCUGCACCUUUAAGUUCUUAAAUGUGGUUUCACUCAAGUACUGUAGGGUCAAAACAUAAAUCUCUGACGGGACAUUUUAGAGACAAUUUGACUCAUUAUUGUUGCUAAAUGACCCAGAUUUU